UCCGAUAAAAGGAGCAUGGCUCGCUCGAGCUCGAGUAUGAGCGAGUCCCUGCUGGAAGAACAGCAUGUUUCGCCACCCAUUGAGCGAAAUUUGGAUGAUCAAGUUCACGAUAACCGUUCCCAGCAGUCUCUUGCUUCCAGUUACCUAAGCAAAGUUUCGGAUGAAAGCAGCGACAGCGAGAUACCAAGACAUGGUAGAGGCCAACAAGCGAUGCAAUUCACACUCGAGGAGAUCAAGGAACAGGUGUCGCGGUUACCGCCACCUCCACUUGGCUCCCUCGACAUGAGUCAACCCCCAGCACCACUGCAGAAGCUCAACGAUGGUCAAGAGGGCAAGGAAAUGUCAUUAGCUGAGUCUUUCCAACGACGCCACCCAGGUUUCGGUCGACGCGCUGAAAGUCAUCGCGAGAAGCUGAAGCGGCAAAGAAACAAGCAGCGUGAACAGGAGCAGGGGCAGGAGCUGCUGCAGCAGCGUGAACCUGAGCGGAAGCCCGCUCCAAAGAGCGACACCACCGUACAAGACUCUCGUUCCCGAGGUGCUACGGAUCCGCUACCCCCUGAAAAGCAGCUACUGCUCGACCGCUUAGCUAGCGGUAGCCGCGCCAAGAUUUCCAGUCGUGAGAUGAAGGAGCGCAGUCGCCGACUGUACCGCCAACUCCCCGAGGUGGUCGAGCGCAAGCGCCAGGAGGAAGUCAUGCGCAGACGGCGCGAGCGACUCAACGAGCUGCGCGAGCAGGAAAAGGUGCGCGAUACACUCAUGCUCCGGACCGCAGUGCGUCGCUUCUCCGCCGCGGCGACCAAGCAGCAGCCGCCGUCUGUGCGGCCCAAGAAGCACGGCAAGAAGAAGAAGAACCACUUCGCGACGGCCGGUCUCCCACUCGUGCUCUUCAUUGUGGGCGGAUAUGUGGCGCUGACGCAGUUCGUCGGCGGCAAGUACGAGGCGAGAGACCACUUGGUCAAGAGCCAAUCGGAGCACAUGUUCAACUUGGAGGAGGAGCACAAGAGAAUGACCAAGAAGCUGCAGCUGGACGACUUCGAACUCAAGCCCGUGCCUAAGCCCGAGGACCCGUAGAAAAGUAGUAGCUGUCAAGCCCACGCUUCCAGGCUUUCUUCCCUGCAGGAGAAGCAAUUCGCUAUCGACUCUCACCCAACUUGCAUUAAGCGACAAGCACUAG